AAGAGUCAGACACGACUGAGCGACUGAACUGAACUGAACUGAACUGAGUAGUGUGAUUGGGGUCUGCUGGUUAUCCAAGUCUAGUUUCUCAAAAACGCUUUUAUUUACCUGGUUAUUGUGAGGACUAACCACGUUCUUGGCUAGGUGCUCUGCAAAUUGUCCUAUUUCCAAAGGUAGCUUCAUCAACUUUCAAGUCCCUGCUCUCUCUGGGUCCCCCAACUCUGACUCCUCUUUCUCAGUCUUUCCCCCAAUCUCCUUCCUCUUAAAGUCUCCUAAAUUUGACGAGGGAGAGGAUUCUCUGGGCUUUGACCUUGGCCCUUCUCUCACUCACUACCACUCUGCCUUGGGACUCUCAGGAGCCCCACCCAGGACUGAUGGCUCCCAAUCUAUGCUCCAGCCCAGACCCUUUCCCCCAAUGCCAGACUCAUGAACCCAACUAGUAACUGAUAAAUUCUUCUUGGGUCUCCUGCAGGCCCCUCAAAUCCAACAUACCCCAAACUGAAUUCAUUAUCUUUCCGCCCAAACUUUUUCCUCUUCCGUUUCAUGCCUGCUCUUAAAGAAUCCCACUGGCUAGUCAUCAUUCUUUCUUCCCCCACCCACCUGAGAGCCAAAUGGUCACCAAGUCCUUUUUCUUUAGCUUUUCUCCCCUCCAUCACCACUGCCCUAGCUCGAGUCUCAUCAAUUGUUACCUGAAUCACUGCAUUCGCUUCUUAACUGAUCUAUCUCAUUCUAUCUCCACACUGCACAGAGUGAACCUUCUGAAGCACAGAUCUGAUGAUACUGCUGCUCAGCUCAAAAGCAUUCAGAGGCCCCCAGGUACUUUGGAAUGACACCCAAACUCCUGGGCACACUCUUCAGUAUCUGCAACCCUCCUGGAUCUGACUCUUGCCCACUUCCCCUGUCUCCUCUGUGCCCACUUCCUCCCUGUCGCCUCUGCUCUAGCUGGCAGUUCUCACACUGUCCCAUGUUCUUACAAAUCUCUGUGUGUCCUGCCAUAUUUAAAAUGGAUAACUUUCCAGCAGUGACAACCUCAUGAGAACAUGCCUCUCUCAAAGAGUCUUCUUCAUCCCUCUCCAGAAGAGGAGAAGAAACACAAGAAGAAGCGCCUGGUGCAGAGCCCCAAUUCCUAUUUCAUGGAUGUAAAAUGCCUUGGAUGCUAUAAAAUCACCACCGUCUUUAGCCAUGCACAAACAGUAGUAGUUUUGUGUGUUGGCUGCUCUACUGUCCUCUGCCAGCCUGCAGGAGGAAAAGCAAGGCUUACAGAAGGAUGCUCCUUCAGACGGAAGCAGCACUAAAAGUACCCUGUAUCAAGAUGAAUGGGAAACCAUCCCAAUAAACACGUUUUGGAUA